AUUAUACAAAUUGUUACAUCAAUGCUGGAAUUAACCGGAAUUUCACAAACAGUCGCAAACGGAAUUCACACAGGCUUUCCGUCGCUACCUCCUCCUUCCUUCUCUCUCUAAUAUCUAGGAAGGAAGGAAAGAGAAACAGACGCCUUGACUUGGUUUCAAUAUACAGUGUAAAUGUAAAGGCGUCAUCCAUCCAUCAUUAGUUUUGAACUACCUCUUUCCCUGUCCUCCCCCGUUCGGAGUGGGAACGAGUAAGUUGGAAACAGCGUUCGGGAGUUCCAAAUCGCCGGACUCCCAUGUCUCCUCCUCCUUCUUCAUCAUCAUCAUGAAUUUUAUUUUCCUUCCUCUGCAGAUGGAUGUCCUCUUUCUCUUCUCUCAUUUCCAAACGAUUCCUUAUCAUUUGGAUUAAGAGUCGCGAAUCACGAUCAUUAAUAUUAUUAUUUUUGUUUCCAUCUCUCGCUAUGCGUUGGCUUCAAAACAUUUCCUUCUCGUCGUCGUCUAAUCCUUCCACCUCUGCGCCUUCCUCUUCCUCUCCUCAGCCUACUUUCUCUUCCUCCUCCUCGUCCUCUUCUUCUGCUGCUGUUGGCGAUGUCACUUUUUCUCCUUCCAGGAAGCAUAGUCAUAAAAGCUAUAUUCGUGCUGGUCCGUUAGGUUUGCGUUUCGGCGGUGGCGGUGGUCCCAGGCUCACGCGCCAGAGGAAGCUCCGCCAUUUGGCCGAAAAUGAGGUUGCAAUCCAAGGCGCUUCCGCGAAACCGAACCACGAGUCUGCUGAGUCCGUUCAGCUUUUGCGGUCGCCUAGUGGUUCUUCCUCCACCGUGCCAUCGAGGAUGUCAUCGUCAGUUCCUGUGCCUGUGCCGUUGCCCCUGCCGUUGCCUCUGCCUGAGAACUCUAAUUCUGGAGACGGGGACUUGCGGUUGAAGUCGCCUAAGGAGAGGGAUCGAGACGGUAUUAGGGAAAGAGAAAGAGAAAGAAGUGAUGGCGCGCGAGAGGGAUUUUCUUCUUCGACUUCUCCAAUUAAGAGUGUAAUCCUUGGCCCAGAGAACAGGAAGAUGGUGAAGCAUCUAGAUAUAAGGUCACCUAGAGAGGUGCAUCCAGAUUUUAUCAUGGAUAAUUAUGGAGAGAACUUCAAGGCCAAUGCUCCUACUAGGAGCGCACCUACUAGUCCAUUUUCAAGUCCUGUACUCAGCCCACAAAGAUUAACUACUGCUGCUGAUUUGUUGCCGUACUAUCAAAUGAUUGCUAAAGGAAAUCAAGUCUGGUCUGCACCAGAAAUGGCAACAGUAGAUACACCUGGGCUUCCUCCCCCAGCAUUCUUUGAUUACACUGCAUUUAGUAGUGAUAGUUCUCCCCUUCAUAGUCCACCAAGUAGAAGUCCCCACUGGAAUCCUAGAAGCCCAAAUGGACCUGCAUCAUUGCUGAAUGCAAAACUGUCAAUUGAAAGCUCAACCCCAGGGCGUGAAAGUAAUGCCAACUUUGAGGUCCAUCCAUUACCGCUUCCUCCUGGAGCAGCCAGGCCUUCACUAUCAGCUCCCAUUUCCCAAGUUAUUGCUAAAGCAGAGUCCAUGCCCUUGAAAAGUCAGUGGCAGAAGGGAAAGCUUAUUGGACGUGGUACAUUUGGCAGUGUUUAUGUUGCCAGCAACAGGGAAACUGGGGCAUUAUGUGCAAUGAAGGAAGUUGACAUAUUUCCAGAUGACCCAAAAUCUGCAGAGUCUAUAAAGCAAUUAGAACAGGAAAUUAAAAUUCUCAGCCAGCUGAAGCAUCCAAACAUUGUGCAGUAUUAUGGUAGUGAAAUAGUUGAAGACCGCUUCUAUAUAUAUCUAGAGUACGUUCAUCCUGGUUCAAUCAAUAAAUAUGUCCGUGAACAUUGUGGAGCCAUAACAGAAAAUGUUGUUCGUAGUUUUACUCGCCACAUUCUCUCUGGGUUAGCUUACUUGCAUAGCAUGAAGACAAUACACAGGGACAUAAAAGGGGCUAAUUUGCUUGUUGAUGCAUCUGGAGUUGUCAAGCUUGCUGAUUUUGGGAUGUCGAAACAUCUUACUGGACAAGCAGCUGAGCUUUCUUUGAAGGGAAGUCCAUACUGGAUGGCUCCUGAGCUUAUGCAAGCUGUAAUGCGGAAUGAUACCAGCUCUGAUCUUGCACUUGCAGUUGACAUUUGGAGCCUGGGCUGUACUAUUAUUGAAAUGUUCACUGGAAAACCUCCUUGGAGUGAUUAUGAAGGGGCUUCAGCCAUGUUUAAAGUUCUCAAGGAUACCCCACCAAUACCCGAAACACUGUCACCUGAUGGCAAGGAUUUUCUAAAUUGCUGCUUUAGAAGAAAUCCUGCAGACAGGCUAUCAGCAAGCAUGUUACUGGAACAUCGUUGGUUGAAAAACUUAAGGUACCUUGAUAUUCCGACUUCCACCCGGUCAUUUAAUGGGCUAAAAUUGAUGGAUAUAACCCAUAGCCAUAUUCCAAACACGUCUGAAGUUAAGCUUGAUCAAUUGCCAGUACUCCUUGGCACACAAAGUACAAAGGGAAAGGUGGCUUCUGACAGCUUCAUUAAUUCUUCUUUUUCUUCAGCGAAACUGACCAAGGAUCUCAUCGUAAAGCUUCCAACUUAACAGCAAUGGUGUCCUCCUGUUAUUCUCCUCGCUCUAUUCUUGAGGUUCUUCCCACUUUAUCUCCUCCGUGCUCAGGUCACAGCAUAAGUCAUGGUAGCUCUUCUUCGUCUAUUCCCAGCUUAAUUAAACAUGGUGCUAAAUGUAAUCAUAUCCUUAGAUAACAGAGAGAAUUGAAAAAACCUCAUUUUUUUUUUGGCGGGCAAAUCUAAUAACUCAGAUUAAUUGAAGGAAAUUGAACCAUUGACCGUUAUAGGCUCUAGUAGAUGAUUGGCGGCCAUAGGUUGUUGCAGCAGUAAGUUAUUUCCCUCAUCUUUUGUCAUCAAUUCCUUCUCAAGUUUCGAAAGCUUGUUCAUCCUGGGAAUUAUAUUCUGAACUGGGGAUUUUUUAGAAGCAGCUUUUGUAUACUAUUUACUAAUUUAGAGCUUCAGCAAUUACAGAAGUUCAAUUGUAUGUAUAUUUUUCAAGAUAAUGUUCUCACUCCAAUUUAAUGGAGUUGAAAUGUAUUUGUAGAUAUCAGAGAAAAAAAAGGGGGAAAAAAAGGGAAGGUGAAAUUUACUCAUCUAGCCAAGGGGAGUUCAAAGUGACGAUAUAAAGUAGUUUCAGUGAAUUUUUUGUCCUCCAACUCAAUCGUUUUUGCAAUUUGAAGUUGUAUGGGAUAGUGUCAUUUUCAUUAUGAAAUUCACUCUUGGAUUUCUGUUUUUCAAACUGAAGCUGAUAUGAUAUGCUUAAAACUUGAAAGACACCUACAGCAGCAUGUUAUUCUGAUUUGGGAAGGCGGUGAAUAUUAUAUUAUUUGGGGAAAUUGAAAAAAGUAAUUUUGGUUAUUGGGUUAGAAUUUGGAUAUUAGUUCCAUUGUUAAAUUGUUGCAAAUUCAUAAUUUAAUGCAAAAUUGGCAUAUAUGUUGAUGAAUUUUA